UCUUUGAAAGUCUUCUCAAGUACAGUCUGUUCCUUUUUCCCACUGAUCAACUCAAACAAGAACUUGAUAGAACUCAAGCUGAAGAAAUUGCUACAAAAGGAAAGAGAAAGAAAAAUUAACAAGAUUUUCCCAAAUGGGUUUUCUCAUUUUUACGCUUCAGUUGAUCGAUUUCUUCGCUUGGCCGGUAGUUGCUCUGGGCUAUCCUAUAUGUGCUUCAAUCCGAGCGAUUGAGACUGGCUCCAAGUAUCACAUGAGGAAGCUAGUCACAUAUUGGACCAUCUUUUCCUUUAUUUCUCUGUUCGAGCAUGUAUUUGAGAAACUUAUUGAAUGGGUUCCUUUGUGGCCUUAUAUAAAAUUAAUUACCAUAUGUUGGUUGGUAAUACCUGAGUUUAACGGCGCAUGUUAUUUUUAUCAACAUCUUGUUCAUCCGUGUUUGCCAUUGAAACUGCACGAUGUUAUUGCUCAGUUUUAUGGUUCUUGUUAUGUUUGCCAACACUUUGCAUAUUAUUUGUGCUCGUUUGUCAAGCUUCAAACUUUCACUGACUGGUUUAACAAGCCAAUGGAGGAUCCGUCUCUCCAGAAUGAAACAUUUUGGGAUGUGGCAGAGAGGUAUCUUGAGGAAAAUGGAUCUGAUCCGCUGGUGAAACUUAUUGCAAGCAAGACGCCUGUGGAACUGCAGGUUGAAGGUGUGAAGGAAAAUCAAAUUCAUAUUGAGAAGAAAAUGAUAGGAAUGCAGGUCGAGGAAAUGGUAGUUCCAGCAGAUACUGAAGAGAUUAAACUUCCAGAGAUUACUUCUGUAAAGCAAGUUCAGACAGAGUGGACUUGUGCAGUAUGUCAAGUGACAACCAGCUCAGAGCAUAACUUGAAAUCCCAUCUUAACGGAGGGAAACAUAAGGCAAAGUGUGAAGAGCUGAAAACUUGCAGGCAAAUGGCCAAAAGUGAAGGAAGCUCACCUGUUAAAACAAAGUCAAAUCAGCUUAAUCAGGCGCAAGUAAAACAUGCAGCUGCACUACAAUCGGACCGCAGCACUAAUGAAGCAGCUGACCCCAAACAGGUUAAAAGUGUGAAGGAAAAUCUAGUUCAGGUUGGGAAGAAAACAACAGGUGUGCCGAUCAAGGAAACAACGCUUCCAGCAGAUCAAGGAAUCCUUGCAAUUUACCAAGGGAGAGACGUUGAAAGUGUGAAGGAAAAUCAAAUUCAGAUUGAGAAGAAAACGGUAGGAAUGCAGGUCGAGGAAACGAUUGUUCCAGCAGAUGUUGAAGAGAUUAAACUUCCAGAGAUUACUUCUAUAAAGCAAGUUCAGACAGAGUGGACUUGUGCAGUAUGCCAAGUGACAACCAGCUCAGAGCAUUGUUUGAAGUCCCAUCUUAAUGGAAGGAAACAUAAGGUAAAGUGUGAAGAGUUGAAAACUUGCAAGCAAACGGCCAAGAGCGAAGGAGACCUACCUGUUUCAACAAAAGAGUCAAAUGAGCUUAAGCAGGAGCAAGUAAAACAUGCAGCUGCACCACAAUCAGAGCACAGUACUAAUGAAGCAGCUGACCCCAAACAGGUUAAAAGUGUGAAGGAAAAACUCGUUCAGGCUGGGAAGAAAACAACAAGUGUGCCGAUCAAGGAAACAACGGUUCCAACAGAUAAUCCCAAAGAGAUUAAACACCGGGAGACUAAUUCCUUAAAGAACGUUCAGAAAGAGUGGACUUGUGCAGUAUGUCAAAUAACAACCAAAUCAGAGCAUGACUUGAAGUGCCAUCUUCUAGGAAGGAAACAUAGGGAAAAGUGUGAAGAGCUGAAAGCUUGCAAGAAAAAGGCCAAAACUGAAAGAAAUCCACCAGACCAGCUUAAGAAGGAGCAAGUAAAGCAUGCACGCUCAGCACAAACAAGUGAAGGUUUUGGUUUCAUAAGAUACAGCACCCAUACUGAAGCUGCUCGAGCAAUUCAGUUGGGAAGUGCCCAAUUCCUUUUUGGUAAACCUAUUGAGUGCUCGUGGGGAAGCAAGCCUACUCCACCAGGAACAACUUUUACCCCUCUUCCUCUUCCAGCCAUGGCACAUGUCCCUGGUUUUUCAGCGACUGAUCUUGCCGCUUAUGAAUGGCAGCUUGCUUUGGCUAGAAUGGGCGGUUCACAAGCACUCAUGCAUUCCCAAGCUCUUAUGCAUUCUCAAGGUCAAGCAAUUUACGAUGGUGGUUAUGCAAAUAUUGCUACGAUUCAACCACCAAUGUACUACUAGUGAAUUCGAUGAUUGCAAUAGCUAAAACACUUGCUAAAUCAAGAGAACAAUACUAAAAUUGUUUAUUUGAAAUUAUUUUUUUACUAAAAUUGAUAUUUGGAUACUGAAUUAGUUCUUGUUUAGAAGCUCCAUUUCAAGUUGGAACUCAUUUGGAGACGAAUUGAGAGUUGGAUUGAAACUUGUUGAAGAAUGCCAAAGAACAAUGUUUUGAAUUAA